GUUUUAAUGGAGGGAGCCAUGAACACUGCCCACUCUACUAAAAACUGAUUGGCUGACUCACAGUGAACAGGCCAAUCAGAACCCUCUGUUUUUCAUGUGCUUAAUGUAUAUGCACAGGAGAGGAGUGUCUUUCUUGCCCUCUCUUUCUCUUUCACACACGUGAUUGGGGAAAAAAAUCUGUCAUCUGUAUGCGCGUGCUAGAGAUUUUAUCUGACUUGCGGGCAUCAGGGAGCCGUUAUUGAUAUGCAGUAGACUCCCACGAGUUCCGGGAGACUUGAGACGUCUGGGGCCCUCAGAGUUCUACCAAUGAAGUGUGGAGCUACUUUGAGUUUGUUAAUGGUGAAAAAAAAUGCCAUUUCUUUGUAUGGGCAACACUAUGUAUUGUAAGCCUGUUGGGAGCAUUGGUUAAAAGCGCUGUAUUUUGAAAUGCUAGGAAGAAUGGACGUGGGCUAUUCGACAAAAAAACAUUUGUGUUCAUGAUGUUUCACUACAUCCUAAGUCAAUUUCACACCAGAUUUCUUUUUUUAAAUCUGAUGACACCUCCUGGAUAUUUUAUGAGUUUCUGCUUCAUUUCAAAUCCACAGAGGUGUGAUUCAUUAAUCCUCACUGUAAUAAAGUAAUGAUAUAAAGUUUCAAGGAUCCAAAAUGCCACAGAAAAUAAAAACACCUUAAUAAGAAGUUGCCUAAAUAACAAAAUAUAACCAGGCUAGUUUGUGUUUAUUGGCCUAGCCUAUGCUUUUAUAUAGUAGUCUAAAACAAAAUAUAUCACGUGAUAGAUAGGUUGAUGACCCCGCUAAGGCACGUGCUGUGGGUUAUUGGGUUUGUUUUAUGCACAGUAUUCACUGUGCAGGUUAUCAGGUGUAUUUUUUGGUUUGGGAAGCUUCGCUCUGGGCCUUUGCUAGGAUCCUGCGGAGGGGGGCGCGGUGGAGUUUUGGGGGCGGCGUGGUUUCCCGCGCUUAUGAGGAGAAUGACGUGUUUCCCGUCUGUCUGCUCGGUUGUUUUGAGCUGAGGAGGUGAGGAGCUCCGCCGCUGCUGUUUAAACUGUGCUCGGGCCCUGCCCUCACCGUGUCCGGCUACCUGAGAGUGAGCGGAGCGCCUGGGUGUCACUGCGGGGUUUCAGGAGAAGAGUCGCCGCCGCUGCUGCUGUUUUUAUUUCCUUUCUCUCUCUCUCUCUCUCUGUCUCUCUCUUUCUCUGCAUUGACGGCUCAGCCACUGAAGCAGUUGAAUCAGAUGGAAGUUUCUGCUGCAGCACACUCCUCUUCUUUUGGUUUAAGGUGGUGAAACAUUUGCUGUGAGGAUUGCAGGUGCAGGCAUGAGCAAGGCGAGGUUGAGCCGGGAAAGGCGAAGCACUCAGCCCGGCUUUGCCAGAGUGACGCGCAGCUCCAUCAGCUCACAGGACUCAGUCACACCUCAGCAAGGAAGACCCGCAGACUCUGUUCUACUCAGUGACCUCAGCCUCAUGAGAGUCAGUGAACAACAGGCCUCACUGGCACGGAAAGGAAAGCUGUCAAAGGUGGGCAGUGAUAACAGUGAGAGCUCAUCAGGGAACACAAAGCAUGGUCUCUCCGGCUCCUCCAGUUCUUCAGUACGAGCCUCGGGCCGCUCAGCCCCUCGGGGGGCUCUGGAGACUGUGGGCCGGCUGAUGAAGCUGGGGCGCCUGCGCAAUGUUGUAGUGGUGGCUGGGGCUGGAAUCAGCACAGCCAGUGGCAUCCCAGACUUUAGGACACCAGGAACAGGCCUGUAUGCAAACCUGGAAAAAUACAACGUGCCCUACCCCGAAGCUGUAUUUAACAUUGACUACUUCUCUGAUGACCCUCGUCCUUUCUUCUCAUUGGCCAAGGAGCUGUAUCCUGGCCGCCAUCGUCCCAAUUACAUCCAUUACUUUAUCCGUAUGCUGCAUCAGAAAGGUCUGCUGCUUCGCAUGUACACACAGAACAUCGACGGCCUGGAGAAAAUGUGUGGUAUCCCAGAUGAUAAGCUGGUGGAAGCUCAUGGAAGUUUUGCGACAGCCUCCUGUUACCUGUGCUAUACACCGUUUCCUUCUGAAGAAGCCAAGGAGGCCAUCAUGAGUGACAACAUCCCUACAUGCUCAUUUUGUUCAGCCACAGUCAAACCGAGUGUUGUGUUUUUUGGAGAAGAUCUACCUGAAACAUACUUUCAGCAUGCCCAGGAUUUCCCUAAAGCAGAUCUGCUCAUAAUCAUGGGAACAUCUUUACAGAUUGAGCCUUUUGCCAGCUUGGUGAACACGGUUAAAUCCACGGUGCCCCGGCUGCUGCUGAACCGGCACGCAGUGGGCCCAUUUGAGCGUAAGCCACUGAGGAGAAGAGACUACUUGGAGCUGGGAGAUCUGGUGCACUCAGUCAGAAAGCUGGCAGAGAUCUUGGGCUGGCACACUGAAAUUCAGGACCUAAUGAACAGCCAUGAGAACAGGACGCUCCCCAUGCUGAUCAGCAGUUCUCCAACAAGCAGUGGAGCUAUGGAUCCAUCCUGCAGUAGCGGUGAGGAGAGCGACUUCUCAGAGGUCGACAGCAGAAGCACAGAGUCGUAAAUACUAAACAACCAUAGACUUCUACAGGCUGUAUGGAAAUUACACAUGCCCAUUCUCAAUCCUCUUUACUUCUGAGUGUUUGUGAUCAAAUCAGUUGGUAAAAGUAGGUUGUACGGUAUGUGGGUGUUUUCUAUGAUCAGUUAUAUAGCACUUCUUUACCUUUGGAAAUGUAUUGAUUUUAUUUGCCUUAUUAAAAUAGUAAUUUUAUAUACACACACACACACACACACACACACACACACACACACACACACACACACACACACACACACACACACACACACACACACACACACACACACACACACACACACACACACACAUACACACAUACCCCAAAACUCAAACAAAUGCAUUCUCCUUUAACACUGUAUCUGCUGACAAGCGUGUUGAGUAUAGAAGGUGUAAGUUAACCUGUUAGGAGGGACCCAUGGAUCCACGUAUUAUCUAAAAUCUUUUGUUUCUUUUGGUCAGUAUAGUCUCAGCUUGACCAUUUGUCCAGAGGGAUGCAGCUACAGUACUGUUUUACAAAUGUUUUAGGCACCUGUAAAUAGAUCUUUAAUUCUAUUUACUCUAAUAUCAAAAUAAAUACAAAUUAAAUUAAUACAAAAUUUGUGAUUUUUAAUUGCUGAUUGUGCCCAUCAAUGUUCUUUUUUUUAUUGGACUAAAAAAAUUAUUGCAACAAUCUAUUAUUAAUUUUAGACCACUUCAAAUUCAAAUGACAAAAGCCUAAUAACGCACUUAUACUUUUUUUUUUAUAGAACAAUGAAUAUCCUGAAGUAUUAAAAGUUGAGACAUUGCAUUGGAAAAAAAAACAAAGAGAAAAAAAAAAAAACAUACUGGCUCAUUUGAUGGUUGAUGGCAAAAUGGUUGUGAUAAUUUCUUGUACAAUAACUUGAUACCGUUAUCAUGAAAGGCCUAACUGUAUCUGUUGUAAUGUAAUCUCCUGCGGCUGAUGUUUUUAAAUAAUAAUUACGUGCCUAAAACAUUUGCACUGGACUGUAUGAGACCAAAUGGGGCCUGGUCUGCGUGGGACAACUGAUUUUUAACAAAAUGUACAAAAACAAGCAGAUUUAAUAUCCACAAAACAACUAUUCAAAUGUGGUUAUCCAUGUUAAAGCUUGACGAACUUUAGAUCUACUGGGAUGCUGAAUUUUUCUUUUCUUUUUUUUUUGUUUCUUUCGAGGUUAUACUCCUGAGGAGUAUAAAGUAGAGGUAGUUUAGAAGAAACACAUAAUGCAAGGGGAUGUGUGUGUCACUGAGUGUGUGUGUGCGUGCAAACUCUCCUGUUUGUUGGUUCAAGGGGUACUCUGUGGAUCUUGGAGUAGGCCCAGUGCAGAGAACAGUGCUAAAUUAGCAUGGGAGGCAUGACUGCCUGAGUUUGCAGUGCCCCGCUGUGUGUGUGUUUUUUCACAGGCACUGCAACAUCAGAACUGGGGCCUCCCUCCAAAACUCUAAUAAAUGUCUCUGCUCAGCAACAAAGAAGCCCAAUAUCCUGCUGCUGCGUGAGUGUGUUUGUGUCUUUGUGUCAGAGUGGGCAGGCAGAUGUCAAUAACGAGGAGGCUGCAUGUAUCAGAGAGGUAAUUUUGCUUGCCAGUGUUCGGGAGAAAGCAAUUAUUACAUUUUGCACAGUCAAUUAAGUAACGAUUAUGUGAUGCUGAUCUUAUUUGUGCUCAUCUUUUGUUUUGGGGUGUGAAAUGCCCUGUUUCAGGCUCUUUGUGUUGGAGGCCACCGUGUCUUACUCCAUGCUAAUGUUCAUCUGUACGUACUGUUUGUGUUUCAAACAUUUGCUGUUAUUUAAAGGAUGCUGAGGUUUUGCAUGUUUUGGGGAACAGGUCAUUCUGUGCCUUCCCUGUGCACGAGUCUGAUUUUAAAUUUAUUCUGAACUGUUAAUUGUGAUACAUAUUGUAUGUUUUCUUUUAAUCAUCUUAGACAAAUGUAUUUUGUAUCCUUAUUCAGAUGCUGCUGUUUUUGUAGGUGACCUUUCACCUGUUUCAUAUCAAGUACUGUUGACAUUAAAACAU